ACGGGGAUACAUAAGUGUUAUCUCCCAUUCUUUCUUCAACACUGUCAUGUAUUAACUUCUUGCUCUCCCUUCCUCCUCCUCUAAGAUUUAUGAGCCACCAUCAUGAUAGCUCAAUUGCUCUUUUACUAAAGACGAUGGAUGAGGAGUACUUAUUACUGUCGUGUACCACCUUGUUAAUGCGUUUAUUAUUAUACCGUGACCGGAUCGUCAUGGAACUUUUUUGCGGUUACAAAAAAAACGGACAGCAUCAUCAUCAUCAUCGUCGUCGCCCUUUUGGGUCGUUUGUUCGACUCUGCGAGGUUGUUGUGGUAGGGCCGUUCCUCUCCGCCUCCGCUUCUUAUUGACAUCAAGCGUCAUACACACUCUUUUGUGUCAAGUUCUUUUGCUUACGCCUCCGCCGCUGGUGCUGCUGCUGCUUCUUUCCCCCCAAUCUUUUAA